AUGUUAGGGGACGAAGUAGAGACCACAUCAGAGUGGAAAAGUUUUGUAUUCCCUGAUUUCAAAGCUUUGAAUGAGUUGUGUUUGCAAAGAUCCAGGGAUUUAGCUUAUGAAGAAGUGCAAAUUCAUGGAUUUGAAAUAUAUAUUGUGGAACAAUGGACGGAGGAAAGAAAAAUAUCAUCUCUCAUAACAUCAUAUACUGGUAAUUCACAAGAUACUGUGACGGCAGUACGAAUAUGUUUACCGUCAAAUUAUCACUAUUGGCCUCAAAACUUUAAAAAUUAUUUAAAUGAGUUACAAACGUUUUCGCAAGCUAAAGUUAUAAAUGGUGAUACAUUAUUUAUUACAAAUUUGUCUUCUAUUUCAUCGACUUUGAAUUUUUUAAAUGUUGAUUGUGGUGAUUUAAGGACAGUAUGGGAUAAUUAUAGAACAAAUUUCAAUCUGAAAAAACUGAAUUGUGGUGGUAGAUCUGCAUUAUUAUUGAAGGGACCAACAAAUUCUGCACUCAAUAAAUUUGCUCAAUUAUAUAAAAUUCAGCUAAAAGCAGACACAACCAAUAGUAUGGUUGAGGAUAACAAUAAUGAUUUUAAUAUAAAUUAUAAUCAGAUGGAUGACAAAUAUUUGAUUACUCAUCGAUACAAAUAUUGCCCAGUCACAGAACUAGUAGCAUUAGUUCAAAUAACCUUAAAUUAUUUUGCCCCAAAUUCAUGUAUUAAGAGGGUAGAUGGUCUGUUAUGUAAUACUACAAGAAGAGCUAUUGAUGGUUGGUGGGAUACAUACGGAAAGUUCUAUUUAGGGAUAAGUAGACCAAAGAAUGAAGUUAUAAUGGGUCCAACUACAGUUGCGUCUUUGUUUAGUUUAUUACUAACAUGUUAUUUCAAACUAAUCGUAGAAGGAUCUAUGUCUGCUAAAGACCCCUUUGAUGAGGAUGAAUUUUAUUCUGGGAUUUAUGUUUUUCAGAAAAAACAUAAUAUCAGUAAACAACAAGAACAUACGUAUCUUGAUCCCAUGACGCUGCAAAUACUUUUUGAAGUCUCUGCAAAAUCUUCAAAUAAUGAUAUUUUCAAUCUAAAGAAGGUGGUCAAGUCUACAAUGCAGGAUUUUGCAGGUAAAGGAAAUUUCAUGCAUCUUUCGAAUGAAAUAUUAACAUCAGACCUUUCGAUUUUGGUUAAAAAUAUCCAUAGCGGCACUCUGGCUGCCCUGUGGAAAGGGAAAGGUGAAACACAAAAAUCCUAUCUUAGAAAGAAAUCUACCACGUUUGUGAAUAAGAAAUUUAAUCAUGGGGAUCCGAUUGCUAUAAUUAGGGAACGUUAUAACUUGCAAAAGAUUAGCUCAAUUAAUCCAGCUGAUAUGGAACAAUUAUAUCCCUACGCCUUAAAAAAACAUGAGGCUGUAUUUGAAACUGAGAGUGUCGCGGGCGACACUUCAUCAGAAACAUCAAGUACAUCUUCUAUGAUUAAUAACUAUGAUACAGUGGACUCAGAGAAAAAUGUUGAGUCUGAUAACACUUAUCGUAGAGAGUUUUAUAGACGAAAUUCUAUACCUUUUGUUCAGGAUGGAACUAAGACCCCUGUUCAGAACGGUGCAUUUAAAAGAAGGAAUUCCAUAUCAGAGAUAGUUGAUAAUUUAGAAAAAUGGAACAUGCCUUUUAAUAUUUCAGUUGUAAGAAUUGCUAGAGACCUUAAAAGGAUUAAUACUCUGAUGGCUAGUAACGAUGACUCCAAUAUUUAUGGAUAUGAUAUAUCUCCUCUAUGUAUUACUCCAACUGGAAAUUAUGAUGAGACAUUGGUAUUUAAGGACUCCAUCAAAAAGAUGACAGAUGUUUGCAAGCAGUAUCAUAGAGAUAAGUCAUAUUUAGAGCCUCGUGAAAGAGAAUUGGAAAUAAAACAAACUCAUUUACAGAAAGAGAUGGAAGAGAUUAAUAUACUGACAUCACGAUUCAAAUAUAAUAUCAGGAUCUUGAACGCACGUAUUAAGGAGGUCGAGACAAAUGUCAACAGAUUUGAUUCCAAAUUAAACGAGGUAGAUCUUAGAAUAUCUAAGAAUGAAUAUCCUAUAGAUUGUGAAGUUGAUCCAAAUGAUGAUAAGGAAGGUUUUGAAGAAUAUAUUGUGUUGUUAAAUACUCUAAGAAAAAAUAAAUACAGAGGUAUUAGUUGGAAAGUGCUCAGUACCAAAUUGGUGAAAACUGGGAACGAAGUCUUGAAGAGCUGGUAUAAAUGGAUUUUCCAAGGUUGA